AUGCUGAGGGAGAUACUGCCCCUCGUUGGGACUCAAACCGCCGACAGAAUUGAAAUCUUACUCGAGAAAUCCUGCCUGAAUCAAGAGUCCCUAUCCGAAAACGCAUCACCUCCCUUCACAAUGGCUCAAAAUAAUGUUUUUGCACCACACGAGCCGAUGGCAUCUUCAUUGAUCAGGUUUCCAGUGACAAAAGCCCCAGUAGGGGAUGUCAGUUUCACUAAUCAACCUCAAAACGCAGAAUCUCACGAGGACUUCCCGGAUAUCGUGUGGUUGAGAAGAGUGCAGCGAGAGGCAGACCAACAGAAGAGUCAUCAGCCAAAGUCAUCUAAUCCGGCUUUCCAUGCAUUUGACUACCAAAAUGAAGACUUUGGAUCAGCAUUUCAUGGAUCUGUACAGAUGUACUUGAUUCCAACCCGACCGGUGGCGGAUCAAUACCUCAAAGAUUAUUUGGAUAUGGUUCACCCGAAUUUCCCAGUCUUAAAUUGGCCCCUUUUUUGCGCCCAAUACGGAUCGUUCUUUGACAACGGUUCGCUCCCUAGUGAUGAGUGGCUGGCAAUUCUGAACAUGAUCUUCGCAAUCGGAGCCAAGUAUGAUCAAAUGACUGCUGAGCUGGGCCGUGGAGAUGUCAAAGAUCACCAGGUGUACCUGAGCCGUGCCAGGAAGCUCAGUAUGAGGGGCGAUACACUAUUCAAUCCUCCCAACCUCCAGCAAGUACAAUUAGAGGGCUUGGUAUCCUUUUAUUUGCUCUGUUCCGAUCAGAUAGGCUUAGCAUGGAGGAUCUCGGCUUUGGCAAUCCGGUCCGCAAUCUCUCUCGGGGUCAACUUAAAGAACGACAGUAAAAAUAUGACACAAAUCGACAAGGAAAUUCGCAACCGACUCUGGUGGGGUUUAUAUACGCUCGAGCAUAUGCUAGGGAUCAUAAUUGGUCGGCCUGGCUGCAUCAAGGACGCAGCGUGUGCCUCGCCAUUACCACUUCCAUUUGACGAGAACCAGCUACCAGGCCCGUCGGCUGUACCACUGCUUGAUGACCCGAAACUCAGGAACAUGUGUAUAGAUGCGGUGAUGUCUAGCCCGCAAGAUCUAAACACGUGUCUUGAGCUGAUAGGCAAGACGAACAGAAGAAGUGAUUACCGUAACAAACCGUGGCUUCACACACUACCUAUUACCUCCGGGCUAUGUUUUCUUUACCACUGCGACCUCGCAGUACUAACUGAAGAUAUCAUGAAAAGACUAUACUUGGGAGACCAGCCGUUGGAUCUAUGGGCGCACAUCGAGAGUCAGAUUCUUGAGCUAAGGGCAAAAGUCGACCUGUGGCAUAUAAGCCUUCCCACUACGCUACGUUAUGAACCUACAGAGAAGGACGAUCAACUUCACUUUCACCAGAAAAUGAGGUUAGCGCUUCAGUAUCACAGUGCGAGGGUCAUGCUGGGCCGCCCAUGGCUCCAUCCAGGGGAGCUACGCCUCGAUGGAAUUUCUAUGCAGAAACUAGCAGUCAGCCAUAGAUUGGGUGCAGAUGCGCUAAAAUCUGCGCUCCGAGUACUCGAACUGAUCUUAGAAAAGCCGGAUGUCACUUUUCUGUACAAGAUCUGCCAAUGGUGGCGUGUCCUUCAUUAUAUCGUGCAGGCUACCGCCACUGUUCUUCGUGAGCUAGCAUUUGGCAGUAUUCAGAUGCCUGGGACGGGCGAAUAUAUGCUUCGGUCGACAAUAAGGGCUGUAAGGUGGCUCCAGUCAAUGGCUGAGCGCAGCACCGCGUCACAUCGCGCGUGGCAAGUCUGUGAUAACACCCUUCGUCGACUGAGUUCAGAAAAGGGAUACGACAUUAGCAGACUUUAA